UUUAUAUGAAAAAUAGUACUUCAAGGUGAACAACUUUCAAAAGAAUUUUAAAAAAAUAUAUAAAAGACUACAAUUUUUAAUAUAUAUCUCUUUUCCUUUUGUUGAGGGUUUACUAGGUGUUUUUAAUUGAUACCUUAUUUUUAAAAUGAUAUUCAGGUAAUUUUCACCUAGCUAUAAGCUAAAAAAAUUUAAAAAAAGAAAAAAAUGAAAAGGUCCUUAAUAAAUUCUAUACUUGAUUUUAUACUUUUAAACACUUGAUGUAGGAAAAAGAAAAAACAAAAAAAAAAAAUGAUGGGUCUUCCGGUGGAAUUUAUCUGUCGUCUUAUAAACUUAACAUAACUUGCCAUUGAGGUUUAUUCGAAAUCAAUUUCUUUUACUAAUAACAAGGGAAUUCUCUUUUUUGUUUUCUUUUUCCCUCUUUUUGGAAUAAUAAUAAGGGAAUUCAUUGAUAUGUAAGCAAAGCAUCAUUUUCUCUUUACCUUUCCUAGAAUUACAUUCUCUUUUCCUUCCCUACUUGUUUGGCAAAGAAUUAUAUUCUCUUUUCAUUUCCUUAUUUAUUUCUUGCCAUGCCAUUUCCAAUGGGUUACCUACUCUGUGUUAUUUUCCAUUUCGUGUGAUUCAACCUUCAUUGCUUUCUACUUCCCAAAAAAAAAAAAAAAAAAAAAAUCUUCAUCACUUUAAUAAGUCAUUCUCUCUCAAGAGGAUUGCUCUGUUGAUUUGUGUAAUUAUAAAAGGAAAAUGGAAAUUAUCACUUCAAUCAUAUCAAAAAUUGGAGAAAUGUUGGUGGAGCCCACUGGAAGACAGCUUGGAUACUUAUUUCCCUAUAAAGUCAACAUUAAGGCUCUUGAAGAUGAAAUUGAUAAACUGAAGAACAGGCGAGAUGAUGUACAAAGGUUGAUCGAUGCGACAAUUAGAAAUUCAGAAGUCAUCAGAGCUGAAGUUAAGAGGUGGGUUUCAGAUGUGGACAAGAUCACAAACGAGCUGGAGAAGUUCUUGAAAGAAGAUGCAACAGCAGACAAAAUGUGCUUCCAUGGAUCGUGCCCAAACUUGAAGUUGCCACAUUCUUUGGGUAGGAAAGCCAAGAAGUACGCAGAGGGUGUUCUGAAGCUCCAACAAGAAGGAAAGUUCGAUAGAAUAUCCUACCCUGCACCUCCAACCAGAAUGCACUUUUCUUCAUCAUCCAUGAAAGACUUCAACUCGAGAAAGAAAAUCUUAAAUCAAGUUAUGGAGGCUCUAAGAAAUGAGAAGGUGAGCGUGACUGCGAUAUGCGGGAUGGGCGGGAUCGGGAAAACAACCAUGGCCAAAGAAGUUGCUAAAAGAGCAAAAGAUGAGAAACUUUUUCGUGAGGUUGUUAUGGUAAAGGUGUCCCAAAAUCCAAAUGUUGGUCGAAUCCAAGACACAAUUGCAGAUUUCUUGGGUUUGAAGUUUGAUCAGAAGAGCGAGGAAGGAAGAGCAGAAAAAUUGCGUCAAAAUUUGGAAAACACAGAAAACAUCCUUGUUAUACUGGAUGACUUGUGGGAUGAACUUGAUUUGGAGGCCGUAGGUAUCCCCGAUGCAUGUAAAAUUCUAUUGACAUCACGAAAUGAAGAUGUUUGCAAGCAAAUGAAAAGUCAAGAGAUUUUUCCCAUCAAAGUCUUAUCUGAAGACGAAGCUUGGAAACUUUUCGAAGAGGUGGCAGGAAUUUCCAAUUGUACUCGUGAUCUACACAAGGUAGCAAAAAAGGUUGCAAAUGAAUGCAAAGGCUUACCUGGUGCGAUCGUCACUGUUGGAAGAGCACUCGAAAAUAGAGACGAAAGUGAUUGGAAUGAUGCACUUCUCAAACUUGAAAAAUCAAUACCAUAUAGCAUGUUAAAAACGGAUAUAGAGGUCUAUUCCCGUAUCAAAUUGAGUUACGACCUUUUAAGAAGCGAAGAAGCCAAGUCAUGCUUUUUGCUGUGUUGUUUAUUCCCAGCAGACUAUGAUAUUAGUAUUGAAACUUUGGUUCGAUAUGGGAAAGGAUUAAGGUUGUUUCAAGAAACUGGUACAAUGGAACAGACAAGAAUCAGAGUUCAUACUUUGGUUGGGCAUUUAAAAAGAUGUUUUCUGCUGAUGGAUGGCAAUAAGGAAGAGUGUGUUAGAAUGCAUGAUAUUGUUCGUGAUGUGGCCAUAUCAAUUGCAUCAAGAAAGGAGCACGGUGGCCUUGUAGUUAAAUGUGAUAAUCAAAUGGAAGAGUGGCCAGAGAUUGAUUCAAGUGAAAUGGAACAUUGCACUGCAAUCUCACUUGUAUUUAAGCAAAUCAAGAAACAUCCUGAUAGUUUGGCAUGCCCCAAUCUCAAGCUUCUAAGUUUGUCCUCGACAACUGUAAAAUAUCUCUUUAUGCUAGAAGAUCAUGUGCAUAAAUUGGAACUGAGUGAGAAUUUUUUCGAAGGGAUUAAAGAAAUCAAGGUUUUUGCUUUUCAAUGUAUUUACGUUCAAACGCUUCCAGCAUCAUUGCAAAUGCUACAAAACCUCCGGACCUUGCAUUUGGAGUAUUGUGUUCUAGGAGAUAUUUCAAGAAUUGGAGGAUUGGAAAUGCUAGAAAUCCUCAGCUUGAUUGGUUCUGAAAUACAAGAGUUGCCAAAGGAGAUAGGAAAUCUUCAACAUCUAAAGGUGUUGGAUAUGACAGGAUGCUCGAGGUGUGUAAGAAUUCCAUGUGGUGUACUCUCAAGAUUAACCACAUUGGAAGAGUUAAAGAUUUUCCCCUUCAAGCGUUGGAGUUCUCUGGAAGGAAAUGAAGAGAAAACCUCCGCAAGUCUUGAUGAGAUAAUUCCUCGAGAUUUGAAAGUUUUAAAUGUUUGGAUGCCAAAAAUGGAGUUUGUUCCAAGAAACUUUCCUUUCAAGGAUUUGACAAGAUUUUAUAUUAAUGUGGGCACGAUUGAUACAGAUGAAGACGAUUCUUUAUUUGGAAACUUUUUGCAGCUACGCGGAGUUAGUGCUGAUUCUAUAAAACAGAGUGGGAUUCAUCCAAUGGUCAAUAAAUGUGAACAUUUGAGAUUAUAUGAGGUGUAUGAUUUGAAGAAUUUAUUUCCCCUUUUUGAUGAGGAGGAGCAAGAUGGUUUCCCGUGGUUGAGGACUCUGGAAGUAAGGGGCUGCAAUGAUAUGGAGUACGUGAUGAAAUUCACGUCAAAUAAUAAUCGGACUGAUCUUCAUGUUCCAAACAUAUUCCCUCUUUUGGAGAAAUUGAAUUUGAAAGAUCUUGAUGGAUUGAAGGGAAUAUUCCAUUAUAAUUCUGAUGAUUUACAACUUCCUCCUACUGAUCAUCAGUUUGUUAGAAAGGAGAGGAUUUCCACGGCAUCAUCUCUUCCAAGAGGAUUUCCACAGCUCCAGAGUUUGUGUGUAGAAAACUGCCCAUCAUUAGAAGAAAUUGUUUCCGUAUGGAACCGCAAAACUGAUGAUCUUAUUAAUACAUCUACAUCCGAUGAUAUGAUUCUCUUCCCCAAAUUAACUUACUUAACUCUGCAAGAGCUACCGAGUCUAAUCAGUUUGUGCAGAGCCAUAGAUGAUGAGGCAGGUACACGGCCACCUAAGGAUGCUGACGGAGUAGAAAGCAGCACCGAUAAAAUGAAUACUCCCUCUAAAAUACUUGUUCCCUUCAGAUGUAUGAAGUGGUUACCAAGUCUAGAAAAGUUAACGGUGUAUAAGUGUGGUUCAAUAAAAGUACUUUUCAGUUUUCAUGGACAUGAUUCACCACAGCUUGAUCCAAUCAACAGUAAUAUUACCAAUAAUAUUAAUGUUGAUCAACCAAAUGAUUCGGAAAAUCUUUCUCAUAAGAAGUGCUGCCUAAUUGGAUGUCUACCAUGUAGUAAUAGAGCUCGCAAACCAAACAUAAUACAAAAUUCUCAAGAAAUCAUCGAUACUUCCCACUUGACAAAGGAUGUUGAUCAGGAUCGUCAGCUGGACAAUCACAAAGAAGAGUGGCUGAUGAACUUGAAAGAUUUAUGUGUGGCGAGCUGUGAUUCGUUGGAGGUGGUAUUCGACUAUGGGGAAGGCCCAUUAGCUCCAGCCCUCAAUAAGUUGGAAAGUUUGAAAUUAAUUUCUCUAAAAAACCUGAUGCACAUAUGGAAGAAGGGUCCACAACAGUAGGGAUGUCAAUUUGUCCCGUACAUCCCCGAAACCGCGGUGCACCGCCCCUAAUGGGGCGGUUUUUCCCAAAAAAUUCGGGGAUGCGGGACGGGCUCGGGGCAAAUACCUAAAAACCGAGUCGGGGACGGACCGGGAACGGGGAAUAAUAAUCCCGCCCCGAAUCCGUCCCGAUAUAUAUACAUAUAUUUAUUUAUUAUUUUCUUUUAUAAAAUUUUAUUUAUGUAAAAUCAUUUUCUUCUUUUUUUUUAUUUAUUUUUCUAAAUAUGUAUUUUAUUAUAAUUGUAAAUUUGUUCCUUGAUGUAUUUUAUUAUAUUUUUAUUGCAUUGUAGUCAUUUUUUUUA